AUGAAACUAAAAAAGAAUGGAAAAUGUUCGAAUUGUCGAAAAACUGAAACUGUUACAAUUUAUGAUGAACCAAACCCCCAAUUAGAAAUUUGUCUCCCUUGUCGCAUAGAAAAUGUAAGAAGUACGGCUAAAGAUGUUAGAGAAGCAUUAGAAAAACUAAAAAAAGAGAAUAAAGAAACUGAAUACCCUGAAUUCAAAUCUCAACUAGAAGAAGUAAAACAAGAAGCAUUAAAAAUGAUUCCCGAAGAAGAGCGAUCCGAAGUAGGAGGAGAAAAACCAACUAAUUGA